UCCAAUUCACUAAAUGUUCUAUUCAACUAUUGUUUUUAAACAACUAAUGAAUCUUUUCUCUCUGGUUCUCUUGUGCAAGUGAGGUAUUUUUUCUAUACAAACCUUAAUGUAUAAUUGUCCUGUCUCUCCUUUAUCUUUCUUUGUGAUCCACCUUCGCAGACACUGGUUACUUUGUGAGUUGAGGGGAAGGGGGCAUGCAUGUAUGCGUGAAAAGAAUAGCUAUCAGCUCAGCUAUUCCUUAGUGCAAUUCUUUACCUUGUAAGCUGUAUUUCAGAGGCUGUCAUCCAAUUCAAGAAAACUAGAAGUCUUUUCAGCACUGAUGCAGCAGAGGUUCAUUUAUUUAAUAGUAAGUUGACAUUUCUUCUCCUAGCACCACAAAAAUAAAUGAAUAAAUAAACGUCUCUUUGUACUGUGAGUGCCAGAGAGCCACCAGUAAGACAAGCAUCCUGCCGUUAGCCCAGACUUAUUCGGGCAGAAACUGCUAAACUUCAAAUAAGUCAGCUACUCAGUCUGCAGAUAUGACAUUUGAUUUGCUGAUUCAGAACUUCAAUAUCAUAUCUACUACCUUGGUUGGGUUUCAUUGCUGUAAAGAGACACCAUGACCACAGCAGCAACUCUUAUAAAUAAAAAUCAUAUGAUUGGGGUGUCUUACAUUUUCAGAGGUUUAGACCAUUUUAUCAUCAUGGUGCAACAUGCUGGUGUCCAGGCAGACACAGUGCUGGAGGAGGAGCUGAGAGUCCUGUACGUUGACUAACAGGCAAUAGUAAGUAGUUCGAGACACUGGGCAUAGCAUGAACGUAUAUGAGACCUCAAAACCCACUUGCACACUGUUAGGCUUCCUCCAACAAGGCCAUACCCACCCUAACAAAGCCAUUGCUCCUAAUAGUGCCACUCCCUUUGGGGGCCAUUUUCUUUUAAACCAUCACAUCAACAAUCUUAUUUUCUGUAGUUCUGAGUCUGAUUUAGUGUCAAAAUGCCCCCUAAUCUGAGAGUGUUAUAUGGCAAGUCCCAUGUUGCAAUAUAAGACAGGAGAGAUGUUAGUGUCCUAAAGUCAAGCCUUCUUGUUACAUUGGGAUUACUUUAUGGUGAAUAUCAUAAAAGUCACCAUUCAACAGAAGUGUAUUGUGCACUAUAUUAGUCAGGGUUCUCCCAUGUUCUAGACUUGCUGUUUCCCCCAAGAAUGAUCUUAAAUUGAAAAGAUGGAGACGUAAAAGAAUUGUUGAUGUGUACUCCAAUAGAGAAUCAAAAAUAUAAAAUUAACUAUUAGAGAAAUGCUCCCAAAGCAGCCUCUUUUCUUUGUGGGGAGAUGUCUCCAUUAGGGGAUAUCUAACCUGAGUCUUAUAGGUUAACAAGAAGGUACGAUACACUACCUUUAUUCGCUGACUACCUUCUAUGUGCCAGAUACUAUAAUAGACACUAUAGACACAGCAGUAAAAAGCAUACAGUGGACACAUAGAUAAAUAUUUACUAGAUAGCAGUACAUGCCAAGGCCAAAAUAAAAUAGGUGAGAAGGGAGAACAGGGUAGCAAGGGUGAUCAGGGACAUUGUUUUCUAGUGAGAAUAUGUGAGGAGACUCCUAAACAGUAAUGAGACUAAGAAGCAGAAUAAUCAUUUCAGGCAGGUGGAAGAACAUGAACAAGGGCUCACAGGGUACAAACAAACUUUAGGGGAAAAGAGCAGGUUUUCUUCUUGACCGAUGAGGUAAGACUGUGAUGAAUGGUCCCUGAAUGAGUAGAUGAAUGAAUGAAGUAGUGUAAAGUUCUGUGAACCGUCCUCAUUGCCAGCUGAGAGAAGAGGGGCUGGCUUUGGAGCUCUUUGAAGACCAAAGUGAUGUCAUUAGGUUUUCUUUGGUUAUUUCAGAUUUGGAUUGGUUUGAGUUUGCUUUUAAAAGGUUAUAUAUAGCAACAGUAUGAAAGAUGAACCUGAAAGAAAAGCAGAAGAAACCUACUACAAGCCAGUUCUUAUUGUAGUGCCUGUGAAAAAUCACAGAUACAGAAAGUUGUGCUGUUUCCAGAGGCUUGCUAGCCACUUUCUGAUGCCUUUCUGAUAGCAGAAAGUUGAAGAACAACUCUCAAGUUUACACUUGGGUGUCUGACUUAUGAUCAUGUGGCCUCUGGAGGAGAAGCAUGAAAUAAUGAAUUUGGACCAGCAGAAACACAGAUGUGAAAGUCAGGAAACAAGUCAAGGAAAAGUUGGCUAAUACCCCCAUAUACACUUUUAAAGGAAGAACAGAAAGAAAUACUUAUUCUUGCCAGGCCCUGCAGAGAACAUUAGUAGAAUGUGGAUUCUUACAAUGCUAUUGGGUUUGAUACUGGGAAGGCUAUCAGUGACCUCAAGAAGGCCAAUUUCGGUAGACAUGGUAGAGACAGAGCUGAAUUGGAGGGCCUGAGGCUGAGGUCUUCUAAGCAAAGUUGUUGUUGUUCUUCCUCCUCCUCCUCCUCCUCCUCCUCCUCCUCUUCUUUUUCUUCCUUUUCUUUUUCCUCUUCCUCUUUUUCUUCCUCUUCUUCCUCUUCCUCUUUUUCUUUCUCACUCUUCUCCACUUCAUCUUCCCCCUUAUUCUUCCGAAGUUUUGGACCUAUUAGAUUUCUCUUCUCCUUCCUUCCUUUCUUUCUUCCUUUCUUUCUUUCUUUCUUUCUUUCUUUCUUUCUUUCUUUCUUUCUUUCUUUCUUUCUUUCUUUUCUCCACUUGGGGCCUAGAGCUGAAUGCCUAAGCCAGGAGCAUGGUAGAAAGAUAGAGAUCUUUGUAGCUCUGGUAGGAAAGAGGCCAGGUACAGAAGUACCUGAUGCUGAUGAGCCAGAUCGGACAAGGAGUGAUCUCAGUGGCCAGCUGCAGGUCAUGUAAGCCCAGAAACCUGUCUCUAGGGGGAAAAAUAUGACAGACUUUUUUUUUUUUUAUCUAUUUGAGUGAGGAAGCUUAGAAUGUGAAGCUGAGUAGGAGUGCACGUUUGCAAGAGUGCUGGGAGAAACAUUGAUUUCCUCCAGAAAUUCUGCUAGUGCAGGAGUGGGGUGUGGCGGCACAGUGUGAGCUAAGUCUACAAUCUGAGGCAGGAAACUGACCCUAGUUAGAAAGUGAAGCUUGUGUGACUAAAUGUUUUCAGGAUAUGCAGAGGAGGGACUUUGACAUAAAAGAUAGUAGAGAUGGAGUACUAAUGAAUGAACAGAUACUGUCAGCAAGACCUGACAUAUAGGAGGUGGCUAAUUAGUAUUUGUGAAGCCAAGAUGGUGGUUUGGAAGGCGUGAGAAGAAAGGGACGUCUGAUUUUCUGGUAGCUCAAGGUCAAUGCUUGGGUCCCAUUCAAGGAUAGGAUCCAGGUAGAGACCGAGGACCUGACUGCAUAGAGGAGCAAAACUUCAGAUUUGUCUAAGUUAGGAGUUAAAAGCAACGGUCAGGACAAAAGACUGUGUUUUCAGCCCUGAGAACUCAGUAAGCUACCAGUCUCCAAGCCUUGGAUCCUGAACACUUUGAUCUAGUCACUUGCUUGCAUUGCUGUCCCCGCCCACUGGGGGCGGGGCUCGAGGGCGAGCUUGGUGGCUGUUCAGAAGCCUCGAGAGCCAUCAGUUCCUACCAGACUUUUUCUGUGGGUGCUGUCCACCCUAUGGCCGCCCUCAAGUCUUUAAACGUUUACCCUCUUCCAGGCAAUAGUGGUGGCGGCCUGGAAGGGCCAGUUCCCAUGCGAGUUAACACCCCAACCUGGUUGAGCAGCCAAGCAGCCACAGGCAGGUUAAUGGUGCGGCCACCAGUCAUAUGUCCAGGCCGUGAGGUGUGUGGAGUGUCUCUGGGUCCCUCACCUUAUGAAUUCCGAGGUGAGAGAGCACCCUGUGGAGCUGGUGAAGCCAGGGCCUGGUCCCAGAAUUCCUCGGAGGAUGCCUGCCCAGGACCCUACAUCGCCCUGAGGUACAUGCCAAAUUUGGCACUGCCAGAGGACGUUUCAGCUAUUCAGAAGGAGAUGGAACAACUGGCCAAGGAGCUGAGACAGAAGAGGAUGACCCUGGGGUACUCACAGGCCGAUGUGGGCUUUGCUGUAGGAGCUAUGUUUGGGAAGGUUCUCAGUCAGACGACCAUAUGCCGCUUCGAGGCCCAGCAGCUCAGCCUUGCCAACAUGUGGAAGCUGCGACCCCUGCUGAAAAUGUGGCUAGAGGAAGUAGAUGAGAAGAACCUUCUGGGCAUAUGCAGAAUGGAGAUGAUCCUGCAGCAGGCCCGGAAGCGGAGACGUGCUAGCAGAGAGAGGCGCAUUGGGAGCAGUCUGGAGAAACUGUUCUUGCAGUGUCCAGAGCCCACACCUCAACAAAUCAACUAUAUUGCUGGGCGCCUCCGGCUCCAGAAGGAUCUGGUCCAAGUUUGGUUUUCUAACCGGAGCCAGAUGGGCAGUUGGCCAACCAGUGAUACCUCCCAGAGGGAGAAUGUGGGGGCAACUGGGCCUCCCUUCCCAGGGCCACCAGUGUGCUUUCCCUUGGCACCGGGGUUCCACUUUGAUUUCCCCCACUAUGGGGGGUCAUGUCUUACACCCCUCUGCUCUUCUGCCCCAUUUCCUGUGCGAGGAGCCCUUCUGUCUGCCCGAGCCACCACUCUGAGCCUCCCCAGGCUGUCAAGCUGA